AAAAAAGUGCUGCCGGCAUCCCUCUUGUCGUGCACCAUGGCCGUCGCGGAACCGCGACUGACGGAUUAUAUCAUCGGCACGAUGAAGCUGACCCGGCGCGAGGGCGACUACGACGCGUUCCUGGCCCUCCGGGGCGUGCCGUACCCGGUGCGGCUGGUCCUGCAGAACCUGGUGGGGUCGACGCGGCGCUUCGCGUCGGAAAUGAAGCAUGGCGUGCUCUGGCUGACGGAGACGGAGCUGGGGACCUUCCGCGACACGGCGAAGGCGCCGGUGCCCCUCGACGGCGCGGCGCGGCGCCCCGCCGUCUCCGCGGGAGCUAUGCGACGGGUCGCGUCGCGCGCAGGCAAGACGUGGGUCCGCGACGUGAACCCGGCGGGCGUGCCCGUCCGGCGGCGGUGGGCCGAGGCCGGCGGGAGUCUGGUCUGCGAGGAGCGCGAGCUCGAGCACGAGGACCGGGUCACGCGCGUCGAGGUCGCGCGCGAGGGCGGCCUCGUCGCGGUGACGGUGACGGACCAGGCGACGGGGACGUCGUUCCGGGAGCUGUUCGCGAAGUGCGGCGGGCGGUGAGGGGCCCGCGGCCCGCCGGGACCUAACUUAGUAUAGAG